GAGAGGCCCGCGCUGAGGCGGCGGGAGCGCCGCCAUGGACGCCGCCGCCUCCACGCCGCCCUCCAAGCCCAGGAACCUGCCCUGGGUGGAGAAAUACCGGCCUCAGAAGUUGGACGACCUCAUUUCCCACCAGGACAUCCUGAGUACUAUUCAGAAGUUUAUCAGCGAAGACCGCCUGCCCCACUUGCUCCUCUACGGCCCCCCGGGCACGGGAAAGACGUCCACCAUCCUGGCCUGUGCCAAGCAGCUCUACAACCAGAGGGAAUUCAACUCCAUGGUCCUCGAGCUGAAUGCUUCCGAUGACCGAGGAAUAGAUAUCGUCCGGGGACCCAUCCUGAGUUUUGCCAGCACCAGGACGAUAUUUAAGAAAGGUUUUAAGCUCGUGAUCUUGGAUGAGGCCGACGCAAUGACCCAGGACGCCCAGAAUGCCCUACGGCGAGUGAUCGAGAAGUUCACGGAGAACACGCGGUUUUGCCUGAUCUGCAACUACCUGUCGAAGAUCAUCCCGGCCUUGCAGUCGCGCUGCACGAGGUUCCGCUUCGGCCCCCUGAGCCCGGACCUCAUGGUCCCCCGCCUGCGGCACGUCGUGGCGGAGGAGACGGUUGACGUCAGCGAAGACGGCAUGAAAGCGCUCGUGACCCUGUCCAGCGGGGACAUGCGCCGAGCCCUGAACAUUCUGCAGAGCACCACCAUGGCCUUCGGCAAGGUGACGGAGGACACCGUUUACACCUGUACUGGACACCCGCUCAAGACCGACAUCGCCAACAUCCUCGACUGGAUGCUCAACCGGGACUUCACCACGGCCUACAGGAACAUCAUGGAGCUGAAAACGCUCAAAGGGCUGGCCCUGCACGACAUCCUGACGGAGAUCCACGAGUUCGUCCACCGAGUUGAUUUUCCACCUUCAGUCAGGAUCCACCUGUUGAUCAAAAUGGCAGACAUCGAGCACCGACUUGCCGUGGGCACAAAUGAGAAGAUUCAGCUGAGCUCCCUCAUUGCCGCUUUCCAGGUCACGCGGGACCUGAUCGUGGCAGAGGCCUAGUCCCGCCCGGACAGCCUCGCUGACCCCCCCGUCCUCUCCGGCUCCGAGAGGCCAGAGCCUCAGCGCGACCCCAGAGCAAUAUAAUAACUGUGUAUAUAAUAACAAUAAUAGCUGUGGUAUUGAUUAAACACUUACUACAAGCCGCUGUACUAAGCCCAGGGGCACAUACAAGACAAUCGGGUGACUUCGAACAAGUGACUUAACGCCUCUUUGCCUCAGUUUCACCACCUCCCUCUUGUCUCCGUCUGUGAGCUCCUCGCAGGGCUCUAUGUUGUAGCUCGCAAGGUGUUUGGCACAUAUUAAGUGCUUAAAAAAUGCCACUGCUGUUAGGACCCCGCAGGCGCUGCCCCUACCCCAAGAGCUGGAUGGGAGGUGGGUCAGGUUGUUGCUUCGGAUCCGGAAAAAUGCUUUUUUGGCCUCUAAACGCGCUGGAGUGUUUGGAACCGCCCCGCCCGCCUCCAAGGAGCUCCGAAGCUCAUUUCCCCGGAGCGGGACGUCCGCUCCCAACGGGCAGUCCCCACGUUCACGCGCUCCGGGCCCUUUCUUGACCUGGGAAAAGGCGUGAUGAGAAAAUAAACCUUAACACUUCCGCAA